AGUCAGUCCCGUGGCCCAGAUGACCUUGACGCUCAAGCCCAAGCCUGCAGGAGGACUCUCCCAGAAGACGCAUGCGCAGAUGAUGACACCCCUUUCCUCACAGAAUGUGAUGAUUCAUCAUGGCCAGACCCAGGAGUAUGUGCUCAAGCCCAAGUAUUUUGCAGCCCAGAAGGUGAUUUCAGGAGAGCAGGCCACCGAAGGCUCGUUCCCUUUAAGAUAUGGGCAGGAUCAAGCUGUGUCGCCUUUUCAGUUGAGUAACCACACUGGCCGCAUCAAGGUGGUCUUUACUCCGAGCAUCUGUAAAGUGACCUGCACCAAGGGCAGCUGUCAGAACAGCUGUGAGAAGGGGAACACCACCACUCUCAUUAGUGAGAAUGGUCACGCAGCCGACACCCUGACGGCCACGAACUUCCGAGUGGUUAUUUGCCAUCUUCCAUGCAUGAACGGUGGCCAGUGCAGUUCAAGGGAUAAAUGCCAGUGCCCGCCAAACUUCACAGGGAAGCUGUGUCAGAUCCCAGUUCAUGGUGCCAGCGUGCCUAAACUCUACCAGCAUUCCCAGCAGUCAGGCAAGGCAAUGGGGACACACGUGGUGCACUCCACACACACCUUGCCUCUGACCAUGGCCAACCAGCAAGGCGUCAAGGUGAAGUUUCCUCCCAACAUAGUCAAUAUUCACGUGAAGCACCCUCCUGAAGCUUCAGUCCAGAUACAUCAGGUUUCAAGAAUUGAUGGCCCAACAGGCCAGAAGGUGAAGGAAGCUCAGCCGAGCCAGUCCCAAGUCUCAUAUCAAGGGCUUCCUGUCCAGAAGACCCAGACAGUCCACUCCACGUAUUCCCACCAGCAGGUUAUUCCCCACGUUUACCCAGUAGCUGCGAAGACUCAGCUGGGCCGGUGCUUCCAGGAAACCGUUGGGUCACAGUGUGGCAAAGCGCUCCCUGGCCUUUCAAAGCAGGAGGACUGCUGUGGAACCGUGGGUACCUCCUGGGGCUUUAACAAGUGCCAGAAAUGCCCCAAGAAGCCGUCUUACCAUGGGUAUAAUCAAAUGAUGGAAUGUCUACAAGGUUUCAAGCGGGUUAACAACACUUACUGUCAAGAUAUUAACGAAUGCCAGUUACAGGGUGUAUGCCCGAAUGGUGAGUGUUUGAAUACCAUGGGCAGCUACAGAUGUACCUGCAAAAUGGGAUUUGGGCCAGAUCCUACCUUUUCAAGUUGUGUUCCGGACACCCCCGUGGUCUCUGAGGAGAAGGGGCCCUGUUACCGACUGGUCAGUUCUGGAAGGCAGUGUACGCAUCCUCUGUCUGUUCACCUCACCAAGCAGCUCUGCUGUUGUAGUGUGGGCAAGGCCUGGGGCCCACACUGUGAGAAAUGUCCCCUUCCAGGCACAGCCAAGGAAGAGCCAGUGGAGGCCCUGACUAUCUCCCGGGAACACGGGCCAGGCGUGGUGGAGCCAGAAGUGGCAACUGUACCACCUGAGAAGGAAAUACCUUCACUGGAUCAGGAGAAAGCCAAACUUGAGCCUGGUCAACCCCAGCUCUCUCCAGGAGUGUCAACUAUUCACCUACAUCCUCAGUUUCCAGUUGUAAUUGAGAAAACAUCACCGCCUGUGCCUGUGGAAGUAGCUCCUGAAGUGUCGACAUCAAGUGCUAGCCAAGUGAUCGCACCUACUCAGGUGACAGAAAUCAAUGAAUGUACCGUGAACCCCGAUAUCUGUGGAGCAGGACACUGCAUCAACCUGCCUGUGAGGUACACCUGUAUCUGCUACGAGGGUUACAAGUUCAGUGAGCAACAGAGGAGAUGUGUGGACAUUGAUGAAUGCUCUCAGGUCCGCCACCUCUGCUCCCAGGGACGCUGUCAAAACACAGAGGGAAGUUUCUUGUGUAUUUGCCCAGCAGGAUUUAUGGCCAGUGAGGAGGGGACUAAUUGCAUAGAUGUUGACGAGUGUCAGAGGCCAGAUGUGUGCGGGGAGGGGCGUUGUGUCAACACCGUGGGGGCCUUCCGCUGCGAAUACUGUGACAGCGGCUACCGCAUGACCCGGGGAGGCCGCUGUGAGGAUGUUGAUGAGUGUUUGGCUCCAAGUACUUGUCCAGAUGAGCAGUGUGUGAAUUCUCCUGGAUCUUACCAGUGCGUUCCCUGCACAGAAGGAUUCCGGGGCUGGAAUGGGCAGUGCCUUGACGUGGAUGAGUGCCUGGAACCAAAUGUCUGCACAAAUGGUACUUGUGCCAAUCUCGAAGGCUCCUACAUGUGUUCAUGCCACAGAGGCUACACCCCAACUCCAGACCACAAGCACUGUAAAGAUAUCAACGAAUGUCAGCAAGGGAAUCUUUGCUUACAUGGGCAGUGCAAAAAUACUGAUGGCUCCUUCAGGUGUACCUGUGGACAGGGAUACCAGCUGUCAGCCACAAAAGACCAGUGUGAAGAUGUCGAUGAGUGCCAGCACCGCCACCUCUGUGCCAACGGGCACUGCAGGAACACGGACGGCUCCUUCCGCUGCAUGUGCAACCAGGGCUACAGAGCAUCCGCCCUCGGGGACCACUGUGAAGAUAUCAACGAAUGCUUGGAAGACAAGAGUGUUUGCCAGGGAGGAGACUGCAUUAACACUGAAGGCUCAUAUGAUUGCACCUGUCCAGACGGAUUCCAGCUAAACGACCAUAAAGGGUGUCAAGAUGUUAAUGAAUGUGAACAGACGGGACUCUGCGGGCCUCACGGAGAGUGUCUAAACACAGAAGGUUCUUUCCACUGUAUCUGCGAACAGGGUUUCUCGAUCUCUGCAGAUGGCCGUACGUGUGAAGAUAUUGAUGAAUGUGUAAACAACACUGUCUGUGACAGUCACGGGUUUUGCGAUAAUACGGCUGGCUCCUUCCGCUGCCUCUGUUAUCAGGGCUUUCAAGCCCCACAGGAUGGGCAAGGGUGUGUGGAUGUGAACGAAUGUGAGCUGCUGAGUGGCGUGUGCGGUGAAGCCUUCUGCGAAAACGUCGAAGGGUCCUUCCUGUGUGUGUGCGCUGAUGAGAACCAGGAGUACAGCCCCAUGACUGGGCAGUGCCGCUCCAGGACCCCCACAGUCUCAGAUGUAGAUCAACCAAGGGAAGAAAAGAAAGAAUGCUACUAUAACCUCAACGAUGCCAGUCUCUGCGACAAUGUGCUGGCUGCUAAUGUCACCAGAGAGGAAUGCUGCUGUACAUCUGGUGCUGGCUGGGGAGAUAACUGUGAAAUCUUCCCCUGCCCAGUCGUGGGGACUGCUGAAUUCACUGAAAUGUGUCCAAGGGGAAAAGGUUUUGUCCCUGCUGGAGAACGUUCUUAUGACAAUGGUGGUGAGAACUAUAAAGAUGCAGAUGAAUGCCAACUCUUCGGACAGGAAAUUUGCAAAAAUGGCUUUUGUUUGAAUACUCAGCCUGGUUAUGAAUGCUACUGUAAGCAGGGGACCUACUAUGACCCUGUUAAAUUGCAGUGCUUUGAUAUGGAUGAAUGUCAAGACCCCAACAGUUGUAUUGAUGGUCAGUGUGUUAAUACAGAAGGCUCUUAUAGCUGCUUCUGCACCCACCCGCUGGUCCUAGAUGCGUCAGAAAAAAGAUGUGUACGACCAGCCGAAUCCCACGAACAAAUUGAAGAAACUGAUGUCUACCAAGACCUGUGCUGGGAGCAUCUGAGCGAAGAGUAUGUGUGCAGCCAGCCUCUCGUGGGCAAGCAGACCACCUACACCGAGUGCUGCUGCCUGUACGGAGAGGCCUGGGGCAUGCAGUGCGCCCUGUGCCCCAUGAAGGACUCAGAUGACUACGCCCAGCUGUGCAACAUCCCCGUCACAGGACGCCGGCAGCCCUACGGGCGGGAUGCCCUUGUUGACUUUAGCGAGCAGUACGCUCCAGAAGCCGACCCCUACUUCAUUCAGGACCGUUUUUUAAAUAGCUUUGAAGAGCUGCAGGCUGAGGAAUGUGGCAUCCUCAAUGGGUGUGAAAAUGGCCGCUGUGUGAGGGUGCAGGAAGGUUACACCUGUGACUGCUUCGAUGGCUACCACUUGGAUAUGGCCAAGAUGACAUGUGUUGAUGUGAACGAAUGUGAUGAGUUGAACAACCGGAUGUCUCUCUGCAAGAACGCCAGGUGCAUUAACACUGAAGGCUCGUACAAGUGUUUGUGUCUCCCUGGCUACGUACCUUCUGACAAGCCAAACUACUGCACCCCAUUGAAUAGCGCCCUGAAUUUAGACAAAGACAGUGACCUGGAGUAAAACAAUCUACAUAACCUAAGCCCAUAUACUCUGCACUGUGUAAAGGAAAAGAGAAACGUUAUUAUACUUGAGACAUUGCACCUAACCCAGAAUGCUGAGUAUGCGCAAACAUCGUGGUUCCGCAUCUCCUCCAAAGAGCAUUCAGUGUGAGCCUGACUGGUGAGACAGACCAAAUGGACAUUUCUCUGAAAAACCAGUAUAUAUAGUCUGUUCAUAUGUAAAAUUCAAUGGAAAAGAGGUGGAACAGUGCUGUUAUUUUAAACAGAAGGGUGUAUUAUGAUGUUUUUACUAGUGCUUGAUUACAUUUGGCAUUUAAAUAGCAGUGGAAAUAUUUUAUAAGUUUUUUUUUUUUUUUGGUUGUGCAGUCCCUUGGCUACUGUUUUUUUCUCCAGAUUUUUUUUAAAAUCAAGUGUAAAAGUCUUUGAUAAAAAUAGAGCCACGCAGGAUUAUGCUAUUCCCGGUGCGGGACAUUUUUAAAAUCCUAGUUGUCUGUCCUGUGGAGCAGGCAGUGGUUUUGUUUCAAAACUUUUAUACACAUUUGGAGAAAAGUUCUUUAUAUUUACAAUGUAUUGUCUACUUUCUUUUUAAUGUUCAUUAUUAGCCAAACUGCUAGUAGGCAUCAAUUGGACCCCUUAUAUGGAAAAGCUGUCGAGCUUACUUUAGUGUUGUAAUGUUGUACAACUAAAUCCAGCAAAUGUGUUUUGAAAACUUGAUGAUCCCGUUAUAUUUACCAUUGUAUGUUAAAGCAAAAUAAA